UGAAUAAAUCAAUGACAAUUUUAGAUAUGAGAAGAUACCAAACAAAAAGAAUUAUCGUAGCUGCUGUCGUCGUGGUAACAUUGAUGUAUUUUUUGCAGCUGUUCCAUACGGAUGAUAACCAUUCUCGGAGUAUCGAAAAGAAUAUAGCUGAUACCGGACACUCCACAACAGUAAACGUAGUUCGGCAGAAAACUAGCACGAUUGCAAAAGAAUCUCAGAAUGCCAAAGAAUCGACGAGCGAAAUCGUAGUAGACAUCCCACACUUGAAAACAGAGAUUGAAAUAUACAAACGGGAAGAAAUUACACUCGACGAUAAAAUGGAAGCCAUAUUGAAAUUAAGACUCGAGAGACUGAAUCAAACAUGUUCUUGUCGGAAUAUCACUGAAACGGACCAACCUGACACGAAGAAGUAUUUAUCGAAUCUGAUAGUUUCAGACAAAUACAAAGUGAUAUUUUGCUCAAAUGAUGAUAUACAAACUGAAGGUUGGAGGAAGUUGCUUCGUAAGGAAAACGACGAUUUGUCACUGAGGCUUCUAUCUUCUUACCGAGAGGAGUCCAUUUCGUACAGACUCAAAUACUAUUCCAAACUUUUGCUGGUACGGCAUCCAUUAAUUCGGCUCAUGUCUGCGUAUAAAAGCUGGAUCAAACAACAUCCAAACGUUGAUGGAAAGCCAUUAAUGAACCAAUCGGCGGAGGAAUCACAUGACGUAUCUCUACAGAAUCAGGCCAACGUCGAUUCGGGAAUGGUAUACAAUUUGGAGAAGAAUUCAACACGAUUCUCACUACCUGUAGAUUUCUUUGCUAAUAUCGUUGAUGGUGCAAACUCCGAUAAUUCUCUUGACCCUUUGUGGGGUAGAAUCAGUAUGCUAUGUCAGACCUGUAACGUUCAAUAUGACUAUAUAUCGAAAUCAGAAACUGCCCCAGACGAUGCAACCUACCUGCUGUCAAAAUUAAUGGAUGACGCAAAUGGGUCAUACACACAUCUCAAACCAGAACCCUUUGAUGCACGAUUAUUAGAAGAGUUUCGGACAGCGUUGACUGCAGAACUUGCCAACAAUAUUUACAAAGUGUACCAAUAUGACUUUGAAAUGUUUGGAUAUCCGAAACCAUGGGACUGACUUGAAAUGACGCAGAGCUAUUCAUAAAUUAAAAGUACGAUACAAAAAUGAGCAAAAUUACGAUGGUAUGCUUAGAAAAAAUACCGAAACUAUUGAUUCAAUUGCAGGCCAUAGAUACCCAAAGUUACAUGUACUCAUCUUUGAUAGUUUGGUUUAAUUAUGAAUUCCAAAAUAAAUGAUAUCGAUUGUUUUUUAUUAAUUGAUUUAUUAACAAUCAACGCAUUUUUAAAUUUGAUAAUUUUUUAUACUUAAAUACCCCUCAAAAGCAAAACAGUUUACCCAGAAACUACCCUAGCUAUAAAGUGCGAGGUACUGGCACUUGCGGUAAGUUCUACGUGGUCGACACAUCAACUGGCGAUGCACUGUCAUUGCUGGCGUUCGCUGGUAUGUGAUGUCUUCAGGUGUUUUACCGAGCUCGGACUUCCUAGUUUUUUUUUUAAUCAGAAUGAAGUCAACAACGACCCAACCGUUUAGACCAGGGACUGUAAUAUAGUGACCUUUGACCCGUGUUCGUUCAUGUCUGAAGGUGACUUCU